CUAAAUUUGCUUAAGUUGAUCUCUGUCGUCUCUACAGUUAAAAGAAAAAACGAUCUCUGUCGUCUCUCACUCACUCACGAAUCUCUAACCAAUCAUGGCUUCUCAGCCUUCAAGGAAGGCGAAAAAGCGAACCAGAGUUGACUCGGAACAACUCGAACGGCUCGACUCACUCCCAUGGAAUUCCUCGCUUCCCAACGACAACGACGAUGACCUUUUCUCUCUCCUCAUCGGCCCAAGCGAACUCGAAGGAGGAUUUUUAACACUUGAAGAGAUUGAUGAAUCGGAGUACGGGUUAGAAGUUCUGAAACCGGAGAGAGAAAAUUACGAGCAUAGGUUGAAAGAGAAGACGAAAUCAAAGAAACGGAAGCGAAGUGAAGGCGAUGGAGAUGUUGGGUCUGGUGGUGAGGUUGAAGAGAAGGUUGAGGAGGAGGAGGAGGAGGAGGAGGAGAGGGAAAAGGAAAUGCAAGGAAAGAAGAAGAACAAGAAGACCACGAAGAAGAAGAGGAAAAAGAAGGAGAAGAAAAUUGAAGAAACUGCAUCAACAGCAACUGUAGUUGCCGAGGGCAAGGAUGAUGGUGAUGGAGAUUCAGUUGAUGACACAGAAUAUUAUUCUUGGAAUGAACUGAGACUUCAUCCCCUACUCAUGAAAUCAAUAUACAGGCUGAAGUUCAAAGAACCAACACCUAUACAGAAAGCUUGCAUUCCUGCAGCUGCUCAUCAAGGAAAGGAUGUUGCUGGUGCUGCAGAGACUGGAUCUGGAAAAACACUUGCUUUUGGUUUGCCCAUUUUGCAACGUCUUCUUGAAGAACGAGAAAAAACUGACACGCUGCUUGCUGAAAAUGGAGAGGCGGAUGAAAAAAUUGCUUCAAGUGGUCUUUUACGGGCCCUGAUUAUUACUCCUACUAGAGAGCUUGCACUUCAGGUCACUGAUCAUCUCAAAGUUGUGGCCAAAGGCACUAAUAUAAGGGUGGUUCCUAUUGUUGGUGGCAUGUCAACAGAAAAGCAGGAAAGACUUCUGAAAACAAGGCCUGAGGUUGUUGUUGGAACUCCAGGGAGGCUAUGGGAACUUAUGUCAGGUGGAGAAAUUCAUCUUGUUGAGCUGCAUUCAUUGUCCUUCUUUGUGCUGGAUGAGGCUGAUCGCAUGAUAGAGAAUGGUCAUUUUCAUGAGUUGCGGUCCAUAAUUGACAUGCUUCCUGUUACCGCCGGAUCAAUUGAAGGGCAUUCUCAGAGUACAGAUAAUUGUGUGACAGUUUCGAGCUUCCAAAGAAAGAAGAGGCAAACUUUUGUGUUUUCUGCAACUAUUGCCCUCUCUGCUGAUUUCCGGAAAAAGCUAAAGCGUGGAUCACUAAAAUCCCAACCAAAUGAUGCAAUAAAUUCAAUAGAAGCUCUUUCUGAACGAGCAGGAAUGAGAGCCAAUGCUGCUAUUGUUGAUCUGACAAAUGUGUCAAUUGUAGCAAAUAAACUUGAGGAGUCGUGUAUUGAAUGCAGGGAAGAAGAUAAAGAUGCCUAUUUGUAUUACAUUCUAAGUGUUCAUGGACAAGGCCGCACAAUUGUCUUUUGUACAUCAAUUGCAUCUUUACGACAUAUUUCUGCUCUCUUGCGCAUUCUCAGCAUUAAUGUUUGGACUCUUCAUGCCCAGAUGCAGCAGCGAGCACGCUUGAAGGCAGUUGAUCGUUUUCGCACAAAUGAGCAUGGUAUACUUGUUGCCACUGAUGUUGCUGCAAGAGGCCUCGAUAUUCCUGGUGUCCGAACUGUUGUUCACUACCAACUUCCACAUUCAGCAGAAGUCUAUGUUCAUAGAAGUGGAAGAACUGCUAGAGCCUCUUCUGAUGGAUGUAGCAUUGCUUUAAUCUCGUCAAAUGAUACAUCAAAAUUUGCUGCUUUGUGCAAGUCAUUUUCAAAGUUGAGGGACGGUCGAAGAAGAAAGUCAGUCGAAUGGCAUGCCUCACCCUUCUGGGGUGGGGACUUUGAUACUACUUCGGUCGCCACUAAGGAAACCCUUUGA